AUGCUCGGAAAAUUGCCUCGUCCGUGGAUAAUGGACGACGCGAAAGACGACGGCUACACGGCACUGCACCUGGCCGCCUUCAACAACCACUCCGAGGUGGCAGAGCUAUUGGUACAUGGUGGCGCCCGCCUUGACUUGCAGAACGCGAAUUUACAGACCGCUCUACAUCUCGCCGUGGAACGACAACAUACGCAGAUUGUGAGGCUUCUGGUGGCACACGGCGCUAACCUCAAUAUUUGUGAUAAGGAUGGAGAUACGCCACUACAUGAGGCCUUACGACACCACACUCUGCAACAGCUGCGACGGUUGCAAGACGUACGCGACGCUUCAUUGCUAAGUGGCUUAGUGCAUGCACAAGACAAGAAAUCUUCUGCUUCUAUUGCCUGCUUCCUAGCGGCACAUGGCGCAGACCUUACCAUAAAAAAUAAAAAAGGUCAGACACCGCUAGACCUAUGUCCGGAUCCGAAUCUCCGUAAAACAUUAACAACGUGUCGCAAAGAGGGUACAGGAAUGAAUGACACCACACCUGAAAGUGAAUCAGGAUCUUUCACAAACGCACCAGUUCCUUCGACGUCCACAGCCGAACCUCCUGCCAUCGUCGAAAUACAACAAAGUGACCCAACUGCCGAUGAAUGUCUCGUAUGCUCAGACGCCAAGCGCGACACAUUGUUCCGCCCCUGCGGACAUAUUUGCUGUUGUAAUGUUUGUGCUGCGAGGGUGAAGAAGUGUCUACUGUGUCGCGCGGGCGUGUCGUCCCGGCAGCGCGUGGGCGAGUGCGUGGUGUGCUCGGAGGCGCCGGCCACGGUGGUGUUCCGGCCGUGCGGCGACGUGUGCGCGUGCGCGCGCUGCGCCCCGCUCAUGCGCAAGUGCGUCGAGUGCCGCACGCCGCUGCAGCCGCCGCACUCGCCGCACUCGCACGCCGCGCCCAGACCCGACGCAGCAGGUGAGGCCAGCAGUAGCAGCAGCAGCAACCUAGCCCAAGUGCAAGUAAACAAGGGCCAGCCUGCGCCCGCGCAGGCCGCGCCGCAUCUCAUGAACAACGGCUUCCGGUCCGCCCCCGCCAACGCCCCCGGCAACAACCCCGUCAACCCCCCCGCCCCUGCCACUGCCCCCUCUAAUAUCUCAACCCCCACCUCCCUCUCCAAGCCCAACAUGAACUCAAACGCCCCGCCCCACCCCCCGCACACCGGCCCCACCCCCGCCACCGCCGCGCCCGCCGCCGCCGACGUGCAGAAGCUACAACAACAGUUACAAGAUAUUAAGGAGCAGACAAUGUGCCCAAUCUGCCUGGACCGCCUCAAGAACAUGAUCUUCCUGUGCGGCCACGGCAUGUGCCAGAUGUGCGGCGACCGCAUCGCCGUGUGCCCCAUCUGCCGCAAGCAAGUCGAGAAACGCAUUCUACUUUAC